AUGAGCUCACAACCACUUGCCGGCGACGCUAGAGCGCGCCCUUCGAGGAUACCGACAUUUCGAGCGCCAACUAAAGCAAGUCUGGCAAGAUCGAACCCUGAAAUCCUAGAUCACUCCCAGAACAAAUCACCCGCAAGAGACGAAAAUCGAAGCGACCCACAGAAACAAGCGGACACAAGAGUGUUCGGAUUGCGGGAUAGGAAAGCUUUCAAGCCAUCACUUAACUCCACUGCGAGCCCAGUAAGCUCCCUGCGACAAAGCGGAGAUGCGCGCUCGCCGUUCUCGAACCGAAGAACAAGUGGGUUACAGGCAUUCGCUGCCCCUCCGAGGCGAGUGUCUAGGAAGAUCACUCCCGCCGACUUUACCUUCGGGUCACCCAUCACUACACAGAAGGAUGCGGCGGAUGCGGCGCACAUCAACACACCCGAGGAUCAAUUAGCGUCAGAACUCGGCAGUGCGACAGGCGAAUUCAAUGUGGAUAUCCAACUAGAUCAGCCUUCCCUUCAAGAAGAUCUCGAUGAGCCGGAUCUGCCCCCGACACCGACGCAAUUGGGUUUGGAAAAGCCCCCGGAGCGACCAAGAGGAUUGCUGAGCAGCAGUCCUAGCACGCAGCAUGGGAGAUAUGGGAAGCGGCGAACAGGCGACUUAUUCGAACAAAGCCCUUCGAAGCUUAGAAGAGUUGAAUACGGGUCGCAAGAAGACGACCAAGUAGAAUGGAGUGUCGUGGUGUCCAAGCCACAACUUUCCGAGCCAGUUUUGAAAAAACAUAAGCUCAAGCAAGACCUCUCUACAGAUCUAGAAAAGCUUAGGGAGGAUAUCGUGGAGUUGGAGAGCUGGUCAGUGAACUUAGAGCAGGAGCUCGAGGGUACACAGCCUGCGGAUGCGGGAUUGGAUAAACUGCUAUCGUUACUAGUCACCGAAGAUGCAUCUCAGAAGAAUUCCACCAAGCGAUCUGCGGCAGAUCCUUCAUUAUCAUCUUUGAUAUCUACCCUAUUACCGUUUUCUACCAGAGCCAUACCGUCGAAAACGGAAUCACCCAUGCCUACAAAUCCUUUUGCUCUUGGGGAAUCAGCUCGGUUGAAACCGUAUCUCUCGGUCUUCGCAUCAUUGAGCAUGAUCGCGCAUUCGCAUACCAUCUCUGAUCCAAAGAGUGACAUCAUCUUAGAGAGGCAUCAUUUAACAUUCUCUGCCCCUUCUCCCUUUCCAUCGACCAACUACAAUGUGCCUGUCAUCUACGAAACGAACGCGGAAUCACAGGCAGUGACCUCAAUUUCAGUUCCAGUAGUCUUUGGAGGUUUAUCAGCGAAAAUACCGAUACCGCUGAGGCGGUGGAUCGAUUCGAGACUAUCUAAUCCGCUUCUCAUGUUAGACGUAUCAGGCUUGUGCCAGGGGAUCAAUCAAUAUUGGGAAGCUAUGGUGUCACGUGCCUUCAUAUGGUCUUGUAUUGAAGAAUGUCACGCCGACCUUAUAACUGGACAUGGGUCAGUCAUCAAUAUAUCCGUGCAUGAAGGGAAUUUUCGGACGCGAAAUGACAAUCUGGGCCUCGGCGCAACUACUGUUAAUGCGUCAAACCUGCCUCGAGUACUACCACACCUCAAGCGCAAUGUGAUGCUCUUCGAGAACACAGAGAAACAAGUCCACUUGCUCCUAUCUUGCAAUCUGGAUCUCGACGAGUGGACAAGCGAACCACGGCUAUUGCCCGAUGUCAGUAUCUCGGCAAUCUCAAAGGGCCAUAAUGCAUCGAGCAAGAAACUGGAACAGGAAGUCAAAAAGCUAUUCCAUGGGAUACUGAAAGAUUUCAAACGUCAUCAAGGCGAAGGGGAAGGCGAUGCUGAGGUGAUCAUUCGCGCUGCCGAAUGUGUUUUAGGUGCUUUGUUUGGCGGCGAAGCCAAGGGGAAAGCACUCAAGACGGUUCAAUGA